UCCAAGGUUGAUGAAGCAACUCUCAGGGGCGUAGAGCGCCUUUUGAAGCUACACUACCUCCGUUCGCGCAGCUACAAUGCCGCCAUGGAGAUUCUGUAUGGACGUAAUACUACUUCAGACAACGAACUGUAUUUCGAUUUAUCAGGACACGCAAACAUCACUCAGACAGAGCUGGAGAACUUAGUGUCCAAGCUCAAGUUUGAAGAGAUUCUCCAAUACGUAGCCAUACCGAGGCUCAACGUGCAGCUGAACAUGAAUAUCGCGAAUAGCAAGCGGUCUCGAGGGUCUGGCCGUUCCCAGAAGCAGGACGGCGACGGCCGACGAGACUUAUGCUACAUAUUCGACCGCUUGAGGAAGAAGGGUGUCAAGACUAUUCUAAAGGUCAUCAUUGACGACUCGAUGACGCCGGCACACAGCGAUGAAGCCAUCGAAGACGCCCUCAAGUUCAUGGACGUCGAGAUUUGGGACUGGAAACGGACGGAUCUGUGCUCUGAAGUCAUCUGCAAAGUGGCAGCGAAAGCUCGGGAAGUCAACCUAUACUGGAGCGGCAACAAUGCAGUGCUUAGGGGGUGGAGCGAAGAAGGAGGCUUGAAGAAACUCGGAGAUCUCAAGACGGUGUAUCUUCAUAUACAGCAGGAGUUCAAGAAGAUGCUCUUUGACGCAGAGCGUAGCUACGCUGAACGUGAAGGCAAAAAAGUCGACGAGAGCAUCGAAGAGCCUAUCAAAGUCGCCCUCAUUGACGACGGCGUGGACGUCAAGGAUCUGGAGUUCAAUUUCAUCGGGGGCCGGACGUUUUGCACGCGAGACGAGGAGCAUAACCUCAACGAUCCUUACUAUGUGUCCAGCACAGGACAUGGAACCAUCAUGGCAAGGCAGAUACAAUCUUUGUGUCCUCGGGCGCAGUUUUACAUCUUGAGAUUGGAAGAUCAUGCUUCAGAGGAGGGCAGCAGGCAAAUCACGGCCAAGAGUGCCGCUCUGGCUAUCAGAGCAGCGGUGAGGAAAAAGGUGCACAUUAUUUCCAUGUCCUGGACAAUCGACCCUCCCGAGGACGAAGAGGAGAGGCGCUUCCUCGACGCGGCCAUUGUCGAAGCCGCCAACGCCGACAUCCUCAUGUUCUGCUCCGCCAGCGACAAGGGCGCCAAGCAGAACCUCACGUAUCCCUCCAAGGCAACGACCAAGAUCUUCACUAUUGGUGCGGCUACGGCUUCAGGCGCGGCAGACUCCUGGGUCGGCAGCCUGGCCAAUGUCAACUUCAUCUUCCCCGGCACAAAAGUCGAGAUGGACGGGCCCCGAUCGGGCGCCGACACAUCGUCUCGAGAAGUCAGCGGCUCUUCGGUGGCGACAGCUCUCGCCGCGGGUCUUGCUGCCCUGGUGCUGUACUGCGUGCAGAUACGGUGGUUCGUGGCCAAGGAUCAGGAGAAGCAAAAGGCGAAGCGAGAUUUCCAGUUGCUGAAGAAGCACGAGCACAUGAUGAAGGCGCUCAAGGACAUUGGCACAACGGAGGAGAGCAACCACAAGUUCAUCGAGGUGUGGGAGGUGUUUGGGAAGAAGGUGGAGGAGAAGGAGAGGUAUGACCAGGAUAGAUGGCUUGACUUAAUUGCGGAACUGGGCGCGACUUUGUGUAGGAAGAUUGCUUAG